AUGGCGUCAAAUCCAGAAGCCAGACCGGACAGGCCCAAAAAUGAAGCAGAAAACAUCAGAUCCGCGAUGGUGGUCCCUGGUGACACCAAGCAUGAAGGAGUACUCUGUGACGCAGACGUGACACAGGACGGUACCCCAGCACCAGUGUCCCGUGCCCGCACCAUCGCCAUCAUCGCGUCCCUCAUGCUGGGCGUUUUCCUAUACGCCAUCGACCUUACAAUCCUUGCCAAUGCCGUGCCGGCCAUCACGUCGGAAUUCAAGAGCCUGUCGCACGUCCCCUGGUACGGCAGCGCGUUCUUCCUGACCACGGCGCCGCUGCAGUCGGCGUACGGCAAGAUCUACGCCCACUUUGACCACAAGUGGACGUUCCUGGGCUCCGUCGCCAUCUUCGAGGCCGGGAACCUCGUCUCGGGACUUGCAGUCAACAGCCCUAUGCUGAUAGUGGGCAGGGCCCUGGCCGGUAUAGGAGGGGGAGGCAUCAUCACGGGUGCCUUCAGCAUAAUCGUCACCGUCUCGUCGCCCCGCAGGAUCCCUCUAUGCUUGUCUACGUUGAGCGCCACAUUUGGCGUCGCCAGUGUCGUGGGCCCCCUGCUGGGUGGCAUAUUUACCACCGAGGUGUCAUGGCGGUGGUGCUUUUUUAUCAACCUGCCCAUUGGGGUCGUGGCAUCUGCGGUAAUCAUGCUCGUCUACAAGACGCCAAAAUCUCAGGGCUCUCACGCCAACGCGGUGCCGCUCAAGGAGAAGAUUUUGCAGACUGAUCCAGCAGGUAUAGUCUUGGUCAUCGUCGGCACAGGUUGUUUCACGCUCGCGAUGCAGCUAGGUAGCGAGUCUGGAAACUAUCGCCAAGCAGGAGUAGUCGGCUCUAUGGUAGCUUUCGUGGCUGUUCUCGUACUAUUCAUACUCUGGGAGUGGCGUCUAGGCGAUCGUGCCAUGAUACAAUACCGCCUUCUCAAGAACGUCCUGGUGGCUGGCAAUGUUGCGGUCAACUUCUUCGUCGCGACUGCCUACUUUCCCCUUCUAUAUACGCUCCCAAUAUACAUGCAGUCCAUCAAGGAUGCAUCCGCGGCAACGAGCGGAAUCUGGAGCAUUCCGUUAAUUUUGGGCAUCUCGGUGUUCAUCAUCGUGUCGGCGACAGCCAUGCCGCGGAUCCCCUGGCCCGUCUGGAUCCUCGUGGGUCCGCUUAUAAUGACGACCGGUGCUGCGUGUCUCUACACCCUCACAACCGACAGCUCUGUCGCACGCUUGCUGGGCUACCAGGUGCUCACGGGUGCUGGUAUCGGCCUGGUGCUACAGGUGCCUCUUGCUGCCAACCAAGGUUUGGUUGCGGCAGCCGACAAGCCAUCCGUGAUCGGUAUGACACUUUUCUUCGAGACCAUUGGAAGCGUUAUUUUCAUGCCCGCCGUACAAGCUUCUUUUGUAGACAGGCUCGUUGAAUCAGUGGCUUCGUCGACGCAGCUGGCUGCAUCGGGGAUUACGCCCUGGAGGGUUCUGGAGGCUGGGGCCAUCGGCAUCAGACGACAAUUCCCCGAGAACGCGGACGCGGUCUUGGCGUGUUACAUGGAUGGCAUGAAGGUGGCGCUGUUACUGGAGCUGAUAUGUGCCCUAGUUACGGUAUUUGUAGCAUGUGUUGUUGUAACGUCUUAUUUGAUACAAAGGCGUUGGAAAAAACAACAGUCGGCAAGGGAAACACUGGGGACGACCUAG